UCAAACAGCUGUGCUGCCAGUGUGUCCCUUCGACGUGCUAACAAGUGUUUUACGUUUUUUUUUGGCGUCUGUAAAAAAGAAGAAUAUUUUUUCCUUUAUUCUCCUUUAAAAUCAGAAAUUUAUUUUAUUAUUUAAAAUUAAAAGCUGAAACUAUAAAAAAAAAAACAACAAUGGCCGAAGUCGAUGCAAUAACGAUUAUCGCUGAAAGUCUAAAAGCCCAGGGCGUUGAAUAUGUUUUUGGCAUCAUCGGAAUUCCCGUCGUUGAGCUAUCAAUGGCAAUGCAAGCGGCCGGUCUCAAAUAUAUCGGAAUGCGAAAUGAACAAGCUGCUUGCUAUGCUGCCCAAGCUAUUGGCUACUUGACAGGCAAACCAGGAGUCUGUUUAGUUGUGUCCGGACCAGGAUUGCUUCAUGUAACAGGUGGCAUGGCUAAUGCUCAAGUAAACUGUUGGCCUCUUCUCAUCAUUGGGGGAGCUACAAACGAAGAUCAUGAAGGUAUUGGUGGCUUCCAAGAAUGCCCACAAGUGGAACUUACUCGUCCGUACUGUAAGUAUGCUGCUCGCCCACCAAAUGCUUCCCUCAUUCCAAUGCAUGUGGAAAAGGCUGUUCGAUAUGCAACGUACGGUCGCCCAGGCGUUGCCUACCUAGACUUUCCUGGUAAUCUGCUGCAAUCAAAAGUUAACGUUGACACUGUAGCACCGGUAUUCGCACAUCCAGCACCACCUCUUGUUUAUCCUGAUCCAGAAGAUAUUCGGCGAGCCAUGAGGUUUCUUACAACUGCCAAACGUCCAUUGGUAAUCAUUGGCAAAGGAGCAGCUUAUGCUCAUGCAGAGAAUAUUCUUCGCCAUUUCAUAGAUAACACUAACUUGCCUUUUCUUCCUACACCUAUGGGAAAGGGUGUGGUUUCCGAUACUGCUUCACAAUGUGUGUCAUCAGCAAGAACCUAUGCACUGCAAAAUGCUGAUGUUGUGUUGUUGUUAGGAGCCCGUUUGAAUUGGAUUCUUCAUUUUGGUCGUCCACCAAGGUUUGACAAAGACGUCAAAGUUAUUCAAGUCGAUUUAUGCCCAGAAGAACUGCACAACAGUGUAAUGAGCAGUGUUGCUGCACAGUCUGACAUCAAACCAUUCGCUGAGCAUUUGUUUGAGCAAAUGAAUGCUGUGAAUUAUGUUUUUUCACAAGACAACGACUGGUGGAAGGAACUCAACGCUAAAUGUCAGCAGAAUAGGGAAUCAGUUCAAAGAAUGUCCCUUAACACUGAGGCACCGUUAAAUUAUUACACUGUGUUCCAUCAUUUGAGGGAGUUAAUUCCCAGAGAUGCUAUAAUUGUCAGUGAAGGUGCCAACACGAUGGACAUUGGACGUGCAAUGUUGCUUAAUAUUCUUCCUAGGCAUCGUCUUGAUGCUGGCACAUUCGGAACAAUGGGAGUAGGCCCUGGCUUUGCCAUUGCUGCUGCAUUGUAUUGUCGGGAUCGCUUCCCGGGUAAAAAAGUUGUUUGUGUUGAAGGAGAUUCGGCUUUUGGAUUCUCGGGGAUGGAAUUAGAAACCAUGGUGCGUUACAAUUUACCAAUUACAAUCGUUAUCGUUAAUAACAGUGGCAUAUAUGGGGGAUUUGACAAAGAUACUUUUGACAGUAUAAGAAGUUCAGGCGAUCUAACACAAGUGACUCCUCCAUCGGCCCUGGGUGUUCAGGUUCGAUACGAACAAAUGCUUCAAAUGUUUGGACUUCAAGGACACUUUGUAAAGGAAAUUCCCGAACUGCAAAAAGCAAUAAAAGAAGCCCAACAAUUAACGGAUCGCCCUACAAUUAUUAAUGUUAUUAUCAAUUCAACAGCGGAUCGCAAACCACAAACAUUUAACUGGCUUACAGAGUCAAAGUUGUAAUAUUGUGGUCGUUUAUUCUAUAAAUCAAUUGUUCGUUCCACUCUCCUUAGAAUUAUUUUAAAUAUUGUAUUGGUUUAGGUAUAACGUUCGGUUUUUGUACUUUGUAUGUGAUUUUGUGUUUUAUUUUGUUUUAUGCUGAUUUUGUAUGUUUCUUAAAAGUUACAAGUUUUUUUUUUUUAUAAAUAUUUCUUUUAAAAGCAAUACAAAAUGCAUUUAUUUAAAAUUUCAUAAAUUAUUUCUGAUUAGAUAGUUUAAUUUUAUUAUGAACAUAAGAACUUGAUAAUAUUAUUAAUCAUUGUUUAAAAGUAAUAAAACACACGAAUUUUAACAAUA